UUCCCAGCACCUAUAUGACAACUUACAGAUUGGUGGCUGUAACUCCAAUCCAGGGGAUGCAAUGCCAUCUUCUGGCCUCCAGAGGCACUACGUACACACAUGAUACACAGAAUAUACACACGUGUAUAUUUAGGUAAAGUGCCUGUGCACAUAAAAAAAAUAAAAAGGAAAAAAAAUUAAAUCAGAAGGAACAGGCACGGGUCAGUUACCAAGGCCUACAGGGCACCACAGAAAACACCAGCAAGAUGGAUGGCCCCAGCAAUGUCUCGCUCAUUCACGGUGACACCACGCUGGGCCUGCCAGAGUACAAGGUGGUCUCAGUCUUCCUAGUGCUCCUGGUGUGCACCCUGGGCAUCGUGGGCAAUGCCAUGGUGGUUCUGGUGGUGCUGACCUCGCGUGACAUGCACACACCCACCAACUGCUACCUGGUCAGCCUGGCCCUCGCUGACCUCCUCGUGCUGCUGGCUGCGGGUCUGCCCAAUGUCUCUGACAGCCUAGUGGGGCACUGGAUCUAUGGACGUGCUGGCUGCUUGGGCAUCACCUACUUCCAGUACCUGGGCAUCAAUGUCUCCUCCUGCUCUAUCCUGGCCUUCACUGUGGAGAGGUAUAUAGCCAUUUGCCACCCACUGAGAGCACAGACCGUGUGCACUGUGGCCCGGGCCAAACGGAUCAUCGCAGGCAUCUGGGGGGUCACGUCCCUCUAUUGCCUACUCUGGUUCUUCCUGGUGGACCUCAAUGUCCGUGACAACCAGCGCCUUGAGUGUGGCUACAAGGUGCCCCGAGGACUCUACCUGCCCAUCUACCUGCUGGACUUCGCUGUCUUUUUCAUCGGACCCUUGCUGGUGACCCUCGUGCUCUAUGGGCUUAUCGGGAGGAUUUUAUUUCAGAGCCCGUUGUCCCAGGAGGCCUGGCAGAAGGAGAGGCAGCCCCAUGGGCAGAGCGAGGCUGCACCAGGCAACUGCUCCAGGGCCAAGAGCUCCAGGAAGCAGGCCACCAGGAUGCUGGCCGUGGUUGUGUUGCUUUUUGCCGUGCUGUGGACCCCUUACCGCACACUGGUACUGCUCAACUCCUUUGUGGCCCAGCCUUUCCUGGACCCCUGGGUCCUGCUGUUCUGCCGCACCUGUGUCUACACCAACAGCGCUGUCAACCCUGUCGUCUACAGCCUGAUGUCACAGAAGUUCCGGGCAGCCUUCCUGAAACUGUGCUGGUGCAGGGCAGCUGGACCACAGCGGCGUGCAGCACACGUCCUCACCAGUAACUACAGUGCCGCCCAGGAGACCUCAGUAGGAACUGAGAAGAUGCAGCCGGGCUCCAGUGAGGUCUCAGGUCCCACAGCAGCAGGUCCCCUGGGCUGUCAGCAUGAGCCCUACUUCAGUGUGCUCUGAGAACUCCCGCCUGGCCCCUGACCCCUGCGGCCUGGUUGGCAUUUGGGAGCCAUCAGGAGAGGGGCAGGCAGCUCCUUGCUUAUGGGUUUCCAGAGGUUCCUUUACCAUGGAGGAAGACACUGGAACGUUCUCAGCUGCAUCCUGCGUGGGUAAUUCUCCCCUCUGCAGAGAGGAAGCUGGAGGCCCAGCCUUCAGCCCCUGUGGGAUCAAAUCCCCUCAUCUGUGUUCACUCAGUGCUUUAAGCACCUUUCACGGGUGUUACCUAAUGUCCUUCCAUGCUGCCAUCGCAUUUGUCCCUCGCUGAGCCCAUGCACACAGGGACCCUGGACCCUAGGGGUUACAUAGAACGAACGGGUGUCCAGCCAGUCAUGUCGCACUCUGGGCUGCUCCAUGAGGUUCAUCUCCAGCCUCAGCACCCCUUCCAGUCCUCUAUAACAGGGCAGCCCUGCAAGAGACUCUGCCAAGCGAGCUCAACCACCGUGCAUGUUCCUGAAGGAGAUCACUAUUUGUCUUUCCGACGGCCAUCGGGCGGCCACCUCUACCUCCCCGACCCCAAAUGUGCAGGCCUGGCUCUCUGAACCCACUUUGCCAGCUGCUGCCCUGCAUACCACGUCUACUGGAGGCACGCUGCGGACUCAGAGACGAGGCGGCAGGAAAAGCCUUUGCUGAGGGACAGCCCAGUCGCUGGCUGAGCCUGAGGACAGCAGGCCUCUGGGUCCCACCCUGCAAAUGUGGUCAGUGAUCCUAUCUCGGUCCUGAGACCUCAAGGUGGAGGGACUCAGUCGCGAGGAUGUUCCAACAAGCCAGGGCUGUUCGCUCUGUGAUCGGAGACCUCAGGAAGGCAGGAAUUGGGGGGAUGGAUGCUUGUUGGGGUGUGUGGUCAGCCUGGGUGACUCAGCCUACUCAAGCUGUUUCUGGCUUCCUGGCUGGAUGUGGUCCUAGUGACUCAUCCCUGCUCUGGGGAGCUCAGGUGCUCCAAAAUAGAUGUGGCUUUUUAGGGGCUCUGGUUGCUGA